AUGAAUGCAUAUGGUGCUGGCACAUCUAUGAUAUUAGAGGAUGGCGAAACUGUGGUUCACUACUAUAUUCCAUAUCUAUCUGCUAUUCAAAUCUACACCAAUAAGUUUGUUGUAGCUUCUCGAGAGGAUAGUGAUGGAGUUGAAUUCGAAAGUGACUCGUGGAGCGAUGAUAGUGGAAGUGAUAAAUUGUUUAGAUUAUUAAGUAAUGAUUCAAGCAAAUCUUGGGAUGCGAUUUCUGAAGAAUCAAGCUCUGACCAAGAAGGUUCAUGCCAAACAAAGGAUAAGCUUGGAAACCUAUACUUAAGCUAUAUUGAGAUGUCUUCGCCUUAUCAUAGAGUUCUGCUUACGUUGAAGAUACCUGAGUUAGCGAAAACCUAUCAGGAGCUCAUGACUUUGAAGAGUGUCGAUUUUUCUCCUACAAGUUGGAUGGUUGUUUCGUGGUACUCGAUUUAUACCAUCCCUAGUCGGAAAAAUGACAAGGACAUGGAAGCAUGCUUCCUCACUUACCAUACAUUGCCAUCAUCUUUUCAAGAUUUUGAAUUGGAGAAUCAUGGUAUGAACAUAGACAAAGACAAAGAUCUAUGUUGUUUAAGUGGCUGGGAAAACAUUGUAGGACAUCAUAAUUCUAAGAAAAAGAACAAAAGUUCAAUUUCUCUACCUCCAUUUGGGUUAGCCACUUACAAAAUGCAGAGUGAUCUUUGGCUAAACUCUGAUCUAUAUGAUUAUGAAAGUAUAUCAUAUCUUUAUAGCCCCGUAAAAUCAUGGUUGAAACAACUCAACGUCGAUCACCAUGACUUUAACUUCUUCGCAUCAAACUCUAUCUUGUAA